AUGGCUUCGGAUACUGAUUUGCCGAUCACUUUUUUUUUUUUUACCUUUGCAGAAUAUGGAGAGGUUAAGAUUGGCGAUGUCACCGUUGCUGUCAGCCCUGCACUGAACCCCGAGUUCGUCCCGAGCUACGAUCAGCCUCUCUUCGAGGAUUCGCAGAGCGACCUUAAGCAGCGUAGGGAGAUUGUCGGCGGCACCGCAUAUUAUGUCGAUCAGGCCUGUGUUCGUGCUGCGACAGAGGGUCGUAUCUUAAUCCUGGAUGGAAUUGAGAAGGCGGAACGUAAUGUGUUGCCUGUUCUCAACAACUUGCUGGAAAACCGAGAGAUGGCGCUCGAGGACGGUCGAUUCCUUGUCAAUCCCAAGCGCUUCGACAUACUUAAGCACAAGCUGGUCAAGGUCAGCGAUGAUUUUACAGUCAUCGCCCUAGGUCUCCCUGUCCCUCAGUAUGUGGGUCAUCCCUUGGACCCUCCACUUCGCUCGCGUUUUCAGUCUCGCGAUGUCAAGGCGCCAGGAUUCGAGUCACAGAUGCAGCAACUCAGGACACUGGGACCAAGUGUACCCCAGGAUAUGUUGGAGCGCCUUCUCUCUGUUGCCAUGGUUCUGGGCUCUCAGCAUUAUCAGAACCUAGGCAACGACUCCUCCGCAGCAGCGUCGAUGGUCAGUAACGUCACUAUCCCUGAAUUCCCCGUAUCGAUCGAAGGCGCCAUCAAGAUGCUGAACAACUUUCAGGAUGCCCAGCCUCGCUUCGUGUUGGAUCUUGUCUACCCCUGGUCGCUUCUGUCUACAUGUGAGGCUGAGCAGCGCAGCUUGAUCGAGUCCACGUAUCAGCGCUUCGGUUUUCUGGGACUAGGACGCGAAGAGGAGAGGUUCGAUCAGGAUCAGGGCACCGUCAUUCGCCAAUGCGAUUCAAACUACAAGAUUGCCAAAAUUGAACGCUCCGGACCUACGAUCGCACGCGCAACCUUUGAACAUGUCUCUGGCAAGCCCGCGUCGGUUGAUCUGCACUGCGGUGCCUACCCAUUCGAGCCGGCCGAGUACUUUGUGGAGACACCCUACCACAUAUCGACGCUUGUCAGUAUGCUGUUGGCGCACUCUGUUGGCGAUUUCUGUGUGAUUGGUUCCAAAGGUGUGGGCAAGAGUGCGCUGAUGCGCCAUUUUGGCAAAAACUUGGGAUAUAAGGUCGAGUUUAUCCCUCUGUAUAAGGACAUGUCCUCGCGCGAUCUGCUCCAGCGCAGAAGUACGACCUUCUCGGGAGAUACUGUCUGGGAGAACUCGGCUCUUGUCAAGGCUGCAAUGUCGGGCGCUUUGGCGGUUAUGGAUGGAAUCGAUACAUUAUCCUUUGGUACCAUGGUCUCACUGCAGCGCUUGAUUCACGAGCGCGAGACGGCCAUGCCAGAUGGACGCAAGCUGCUUCGACCCUCUCACUAUGACCAGUUGCAGGCCAAGUACGGUUGGGGCCAGGAGCAGAUGGAAAAAAAGGGUCUGUUACGCAUCGCACCUUCUUUCCGUAUCGUGGCGCUUGCGAGACCUGUUUCGAAUGGAACGGAGGGUGGCAAGCCCGGAUCGUGGUUGGCACCUGAGAUUGUCAGCAUGUUCCAGUUUGUUACGGUUCGCCCUCUUUCUCUCCAGGAAGAGACGCAGUUGCUGGAGACAUUGUCGCCAGGCGUUUCCCCUGAGAGUCUGGGCCUUCUUCUCAAGUUUGCAAAUCAUCUUCGAAACUCGCCCGACGAGACUAUCAAGACGCUCUCCUCUGCCAUGUCCACUCGCCAAUUGAUCCGUAUCUGUCGCCGCUUGGCAGUCUUCCCUAACGAAAGUUUGCAUGAGGCUGUUCACAAGGUCUCGCUCUCCCGGUUCCUGCCUUCGAUCGCAAAGGAUGCUCUGAACCAGCUUCUUGCUACCAAUGGAAUCACGCCCAAGCCCAAGCCUUACAAAGCCAACGAGCUUGAGAUUCAAGUCCUCCCAAACAGAGAACAGCCGCGAUCGCUCCGCAUUGGACCAAUCGAAGAGCCUGUUCGCCAGGAUUCAAACCCUGUCUUGAUCCCCAAUAUUAUCUUCCACGAAAAUCCCAAGCAAACAGAGAUUUUGAUGGAGAUGCUCAAGGACUUCCAGCUUGGAGAGCACUUGCUUCUAAUUGGUAAUCAGGGAGUAGGCAAGAACAAGCUGGCGGACUAUUUCCUUCAACUCCUCAGAUUGCCUCGAGAGUACAUUCAGCUGCAUCGCGAUACCACUGUGCAAAGUUUGACCGCCACCCCCUCGAUUGUUGACGGUGUCCUGCAGUAUGACGACUCGCCCUUGGUCAAGUCUGUCCGAGAUGGAUACAUCCUUGUCAUUGACGAGGCUGAUAAGGCGCCCACCUAUGUCACGAGCGUUAUUCGUAACUUACUCGAGGAUGGUCAGAUGGUGCUUAGCGAUGGUCGCCGAAUUGUCUCCAAGCCUACAGAGGGUGCAGACGAGGUGGAAAUUGUGAUCCAUCCCGACUUUCGCAUGAUGGUCCUAGCCAAUCGACCUGGAUUCCCUUUCCUCGGAAACGACUUUUUCAGAGAGGUUGGCGAUGUAUUCAGUUGUCAUGCCGUCGACAAUCCGGAUGCCGAAUCGGAGAUGUUUUUGCUCCGCAAGUACGGGCCUGAUGUCCCUGAGGAACUGCUGUUGAAGCUGACUGCAGCCUUCGAGGACUUGCGUGUGCUGGUGGACGAGGGUUUGUUGUCGUAUCCGUACUCGACGCGCGAGCUGGUCAAUGUCGUUAAACAUAUGCAGAUCUACCCUGAGGAGGGCAUCUCACGCAUUCUGCAGAACGUGUUUGAUUUCGAUCAAUACGAUGCGGACUCGAAGGACAUGUUAAUCGAGACGUUCCAGAAGCACGGUAUCCCUGUGGGUCUCGAGUCCGAGUUCACAAUCCAGCUCGGUAAGCAGGUCGAGGUCAGCGAGCCCAUCUUGACAGAGACUUGGAAGAAGGCCGCCGACGAGCGCGCGGUCGAGUGCAAGGUCAAGUCUCAACCGAUUGUCUUUCGCGGCGGAUGGAAUGUGACCCCUGGAGUGGCCCGAGAUCUGGAGAGGUCUGAGGGCCGUUCGGUCGUGUUUUCGGAGCAGCUGUAUCACUUCAAGAUCCCUACACGUGGCGAGGCUCUGGAUAUUAUUUCGACCGACAAGGGCAACCUGUACGCAAUCUCGACUAACCCGGUGACACUUCAUUUUAUCGAUGCUGCCCACCGCACGGUCAGGAGCGCAGACAUGUACGAAUAUUUCCCUCUGCAGAGGGCACCACCGAGACUGCGCCUUGCUCUUGUGCAGACGCACGCAGGCGGUCGAUUCUUGUGCAUGCAUAAUCCUGCAGACAACUCGUUCCUUUCCCUGGACACUCAGAAGGACUCGAUUGUCUCGGUGAUGUUGAACGGCCUGGCUCCAGUGGCCUCGUUGAUGGACAAGUCUCUGGCCCAUCUUGGAUACAUUGCCUUCUUCCAAGAGAGUCGAGCUAACAUCGUGGUCGUGGACUUCAACACGGGUAUUCAACACGCGGUCGAGUUGCCUGUUCAGAUUUCAGGCUUCCAUAUGCUGGACCCCAAGUUAUGGCUGGUUAAGGACUGUCAGAACGGCGAUUACUAUUUGGUGUAUGCGUCGAGCCCAGAUGUUCCCACUCCUGAUCGUAUCCAACGUGUGUCGAUUACUGGAAUGGGUGCCAAGGCGAAGCAUCGUCUGACCUUUGUCUCGCAGCCCGUUAUCGAGCCAGGCACCAGCAACAGUGAUAACAUUCGUAUGAUGCACACCACCAAUGAUGGCGUUGUCAUGGCAAUGACUAAAAACAUGGAACGCGUUCUUGAAAAGGAUCCUGAGGCUUCAAUGGACGUGUUUUCGUUCAUGAGACCGAUCUCGGACGAGAAUGUUAGAAACAUGUACUCAAACCUCCAAAGCGCGUCUUUGUAUAUGAGCAAGACCCAGCAGAUGGCCAAGAUCAUUCCCUCACCUAGCGGAAAGGGUGAAGGUCACUUGGAACUCUUUUCGCCCUCGGAACGACGUAUCUGGCGCGUACUCAUCCCUCUUUCGAUUCCGGUCACCAGUACCUUGCGUGCGGAUGCCCCCGUCACUGGCUUCAAGGGCGUACAGCAGGAUCGCACAGUGGCCUCCAUGUCAGAACUCGCAGACGGUUCGCUCUUGACCAUGGAUAAUUCUGGAUUUGUCCGUGUUUGGCAGGUCGAUGCUGCGGAUCUGUUCCAGUCCGCGAGCACCUGGAAGAAGCUUGUCGGCACUCUUGACUCGCGUACGUUGGCGAUCCUCUACAAGGAUGAGCAGGGUCGAUAUGUGAACGCAGAUGGUCAGCUUGUGGGACCUGACGGCAUGGAGGCCUCUGGCGAUAGCUCUAGCAGUGACGGCGGCGGUGGCGGUGGCGGUGGUGGUGGUGGCGGCGGAGGGGGGGGAAGCGGAGAUGGCGACGGAAGUGGUGACGGCGAUGGCAACGGCUCGGGAGGGGGUUCUGGAGAGCGUACGGGAGCACCCCAGGAGGGUCGCAAACCCAGCUUUGACGAUGUUUCUAAAUUGGAUAUCCGCACAAAUGCUCCUCCUCCCAAGCUGGUCUCGGACGCCCAGAUCGAGAUGCACAACAUGACAAUGAGAAAGCACCUUGCCUCGAUGGAUAUGACCGCAGCAGAUGCCAAGAUCUAUAUGUCAUACAUGGAGAACGUGCAGCGCGAGAUUCGUGAGCUGCGGGUAAUUUUGGAGUCGAUCGAGGCCAAGAAUAAGGAGCGCGUGUGGCUUAAGAACCAGAGCUCUGGUGAUUUGGAUGACACGAAGCUGAUCGAGGGUUUGACGGGUGACCAUAAUAUUUACAAGCUACGAGGUGACCAGGACCCCGAGAUGGGCUUCCAGCAAAAGCCCAAGAAGAUGUUCUUUGUGUUUGAUUUGUCGGCCAGUAUGUUCAGGUUCAAUAACCACGACAGACGGUUGGAGCGAUCUAUGGAGGUCGCGCUGAUGAUCAUGGAGUCGUUCCGCAACUUUGAGCACAAAUUUGCAUACUCGAUCAUCGGUCACUCGGGCGAUUCGCCCAACCUGGAGUUUGUGAAGGAAGGACGGUACCCUAAGACGGAGAAGGAUGUGUUCAAGGUCAUCUCGCAGAUGAGUGCCCAUUCACAGUACUGUCUCUCGGGCGAUAACACGCUCUCGGCCACAUCGAUGGCGAUGCGUGAGAUUGUUAAGGAGGAUGCGGACGACUAUAUUGUCGUGGUGCUAUCAGAUGCCAACAUUGGACAGUACAACAUCAAGCCCGAGGACCUUGCUCGCAUUCUUCGAUCAGACGACAGAGUGACCUCGUCCAUGAUCUUUAUCGGAUCAUUGGCAGACCAGGCCGAGAAGCUGAAGAGCGCUCUGGGAUCGCAUGCGCAUGUGUGCCUGGACACCAAGGAUUUGCCCCAGAUCAUCAAGUCGAUCUUUUUGUCGUCGAUGGUCAAGUAG